AGCCUCGGCCGGGAGGGGGCGGGCCCAGGGCGCCGGAGUCCGAGGAGUUGGAAAGGGUUCCUGUCCCUCACCACGACCUGCAUCCUUUUCCCGCCCCCUCGUCCCUCGCUAGCACGGGAGGACCUUUUCCUUAAGUGGAACUGAGGAAUGCCUAGAGUGGGGGACUCGGCGGGCGCCCACGUGACAGACAGCCCCCAGGGCGUCCUGGGUUUGCAGGGAAUAUGGGCAUGCUCAGGGCAGGGCUGUGCCCGGGCCUCACCGAGGAGAUCGUCCAGCUUCUGAGGGGCCGAAAGAUCAAAACAGUGGCAGACCUGGCAGCUGCUGACUUGGAGGAGGUAGCCCAGAAGUGUGGUCUGUCCUACAAGGCCCUGGUUGCCCUGAGGAGAGUGUUGCUGGCGCAGUUCUCGGCUUUCCCCUUAAAUGGUGCAGAUCUCUAUGAGGAACUGAAGACUUCCACUGCCAUCCUGUCCACCGGCAUCGGAAGCCUGGACAAACUACUUGAUGCUGGCCUCUAUACUGGGGAGCUGACUGAAAUUGUGGGUGGCCCAGGUAGUGGCAAAACUCAGGUGUGUCUCUGUGUGGCUGCAAAUGUGGCCCACAGCCUGCAACAGAAUGUACUGUAUGUGGAUUCCAAUGGAGGAAUGACAGCGUCCCGCCUCCUCCAGCUACUACAAGCUAGAACCCAAGAUGAGGAGAAACAGGCAAGUGCUCUCCAGAGGAUACAGGUGGUGCAUUCAUUUGACAUCUUCCAGAUGUUAGACAUGCUGCAGGACCUUAGGGGCACCAUGGCCCAGCAGGCGACAGCUUCUUCAGGCACUGUGAAGGUUGUGAUUGUGGAUUCUGUCACUGCAGUGGUCGCCCCACUUCUGGGAGGUCAGCAGAGGGAAGGCCUGGCCUUGAUGAUGCAGCUGGCCCGAGAGCUCAAGAUCCUGGCUCGGGACCUGGGUGUGGCAGUGGUGGUAACCAACCACUUGACUCGAGACAGGGACAGUAGAAGAUUCAAACCUGCCCUUGGACGCUCCUGGAGCUUUGUGCCCAGUACCCGGAUUCUCCUGGAAGUCUUUGAGGGAGCUGGAACACUAGGCCGCAGCCAACGCACAGUACGUCUGAUCAAGUCUCCCCGCCAGGUGAGCCAAACCAAGGGGAUGCCAGAGAUCUUGGGCCCUGGUGAGAGUGGUUUCCAUGCCCACAUGUAUCUCACUGAAGGAAUCUUUGAUGCAGAAACCCUGAAACAAAAGCCAACCACGUAGAUUGCUUAAUUCUGCCUACCCCUCUCCUAUCUCUUCUUCUAGCCAACGGGUCUGCAGGAGGUGAUAGACAUUGGGACAUUGGGGACUGAGGAGCAGAGCCCAGAAUUGCCUGGCAAACAGACGUGACACAGUUGACUGGGAAAGGGACAGUCUCAAGGCCCUCACAGCUUUCCUUCCCAGGCAGCUGCUGUCCGCUGCCACAUGAGACCCGGCAGUGCAGAUGUCUCAGGCUCAUCAGAAGACAAGCCUCAGUUCCCUUAGCUUCACUGUUUGGGAUCUCUGGAGCCAUUGGCCAGAGGUUGCUGCAGUAGGAGAGGCCUAGAAGUCCAUCGGGGUCUCAAGUUGCCUUUGGAUCCACUGAAUGUCUCCAGUGUGGGUUAAUGUCAACCUAGCUUGAGGCCUCACUGAAGAAGCACAGUACUACCUACAUGAAUAGCUUCGUGGUCCUGUGUGUCACCAUUGGCUCCUAAACCCAUCCCUCACACAGUAAUUGAGCAGGAAGCCUUUGCUCCCCCAUCCCCCAUUCAUUUUGGCCUCUGUUUUCCCAUCUGCAAGAUGGCACUUCCUUAGUCUGGGAGUUACUCAGUAGAAACAACCUCCAAAAUGUAAACCUCUUUAUGCUUGUCCUACUCUUAAAAUAUGUAAACAAGGAGGCCCUCUGAGCCCUGAAGCCACCUGAUUUCCCCCAAGGUUGUUUUUCAGUUUCUGCAGUGGGACUCCCAGAGAAUGAGAGUGCUUCCUUCCCUGCUUGCUGACUGGGUUUCACACACCUGCAUACCUCACCCUGAUAGGUGAGACCAUAGCUCGCUGCUGUCCCAGGGAUAUAAUUUAUCAGGGAGGAAGGAUAUGACCUGCUCCCAGUGAGCCAGACACUUGUUUCAUAUGCAUGGUGCCCUGUGGGGUGCUUCCUCAGUAUAGAGUAACCAGAGGUGCUGAACCAUGGCCUAACCCAUAAACAGACACAGGAGAAUUUGCACAGUAAAUAGAGCCAGCUGGGAAAAUUGAUGCCGGCGUAAAUAAUACAUGGCAAAUCUAGUCUUUUAUACAGAAAUUCAUUGCUGGUGGCUCUAAGAUGUAGUAUAAUUACACCUCUCAUCCUGCCAGCUGUACCACAGCCUCGUGUCUUAGUGAAUAAAAUAACCCUCUGUCUGUUACCAACACUGUGGCCAUCCAUCUGAGAGUCAUAACUCUGGCUGAAAGGGGAGGAUGGGACCAGGGAAUGGAAAAUAAAAGGCAGGGAGAAAUGAUCUGGAUUGUUUAUGAAGCAAGAGUUUUUACAGGAAGGUCAUGCUUGGUUAGAGAGCCUGUUGUACAAUUACUCGUGUCUUAGCUGAAGGAAAGAGGAAACACAGUUACAAGACCUGAUAUUUAGGGCCAGUGGGAUGGCUCAGCAAAUAAAGAUGCUUGCCGCCAAGCCUGACACCCAAGUUCAAUCCCAGGGUCCUACAUAAGGGAAAGAGAGAUGUGACUCUUGUAAGUUGUCCUCCGACAGUCCAUAUAUACUAUGGCCUAUCUGUACCCCCUCCCACAUGAUAAUAAAAAAAUCUAAUAAAGAAGAAAA